UUACAUCAAUCAUUCAUGGUCCUGAUCCUGAAUAGGGUUAGGGCUAGGGCUAGGGUUUACAUAAUCGAAUUCCCGCGACGGUGCAUUCGAGCAUAAUCGAUGGCGAAUCGCACGGAUCCAGCAGCAAAGAGCAUCAGAGGGACGAACCCUCAGAACCUGGUGGAGAAGAUUCUCCGAUCGAAGAUCUAUCAAAACACAUACUGGAAGGAGCAAUGCUUCGGCUUAACGGCGGAGACGUUGGUGGACAAGGCCAUGGAGCUGGACCACCUCGGCGGAACCUACGGCGGCAACCGCAAACCCACUCCCUUCAUGUGCCUCGUCAUGAAGAUGCUCCAGAUUCAGCCCGAGAAAGAAAUCGUCAUCGAGUUCAUCAAGAACGAGGAUUACAAAUACGUUAGGAUUCUCGGCGCUUUCUACUUGCGUCUCACUGGAUCUGACAUUGACGUCUACCGCUACCUCGAGCCCUUAUACAAUGACUAUCGCAAACUCAGGCGAAAGCUACCUGAUGGACAGUUUGCAUUGACGCACGUGGACGAGGUCAUCGAUGAACUUCUCACAAAGGAUUACUCCUGUGAUAUUGCUUUGCCACGCGUCAAGAGGAGGUGGACUCUUGAAUCUCUGGGUUCAUUAGAACCUAGACGAAGUGCACUUGAAGAAGAUUUUGAGGAGGAAGAAGAGAAAGAGGAUAAUGACCAGCCUGCUGAUGAGAUUGAAGAUAGGGCUUAUGAGAAGGAUUAUUAUCGUGGGCGAAGCCCUACAAGGGAAAGAGAUAGGGACAGGAGACGUGAUAGUCAUAGAUACAGGGAUCGUGACUAUGACAGAGACUAUGAUAGAGAUUACGAUCGAGAGCGCGGACGUGGCCGAGAUAGAGACAGAGAUAGAGACAGGGACAGAGAUAGGGAGAGGGACAGAGACAGGGACCGAUAUCGACUUAGGGAAGAAAAAGAUUAUGGACGUGAGAGAGAGGGUAGGGAGCGGGAGAGGAGAGAUAGGGAUCGUGAUCGUGGAAGACGAAGGAGUCACUCAAGGAGUCGAAGUAGGAGUAGGGAUCGCAAAGAACAUGAUGGUGGGGACUACCGAAAAAGACAUUCUCGGAGUAGUGUAAGUCCUAGAAGACACGGAGAUGGACUUGAGGAUGGUGAGCCAAAGAAGAAGAAGGAGAAGAAAGAAAAGAAAGAAAAGAAGGAUGAUGGAACUGACCACCCAGAUCCAGAGAUUGCAGAAGCAAACAAGCUACGAGCAGCUCUAGGUUUGAAACCAUUGAGGGUCUGAUCUGAGUAGUGUGGCAUGAAUUUGGUCUGUGGGUUUUAAACCACUGAGAAUAUCCAAACAUAAGGUGUUAAAUACCAUGUUACCUUGUGGCACUUGAUGCUGCCGCUUGCUUUUUCCGUACUUCCCUGAGUGGCAGUCAUCAAGUCAAAAGGCUGAGUUUGUUCGUCAGAGUGCUUCUUUUGCUGCAUUAGCUCGUGUUCGCUUGUCCAUAGCCUUAUUUUAAUUACCUUUAUUUUAAUGAGACCAUAUCCAUAGCCCCUGGCAUGAAAUUAUAACUGCAGAAACUAUCAGCGGCCUUGUCUUUGCCGCAUAUAAAUAUUGAUCAAAUAUAUGGAUUGAAUGUUCAGAGAAUACGGCAAGCGUUGGUUUGUGGAUAUUUGGAUAAAGUUUAUUGUGCACUUGUUUUUUAUUUUUAUUUUUAGGGUGAUGUGUAAUAUAAAAUACAAUUCACAAAAUUUUAUGAAACCUUUCAUUUACAAUGAUGGGAAUUACAGACAUAUAUGGCACUCUGCCGCAAGGCUA